UGAAUCUGUCAAACAAUAAUCUACUGAUGAUCACAGAAUCUGAAACUGAAACACAACCUGAAGAAUUAGAUUUACACCUUAAAAUGUUUCAUAAUAGUUGAUCUGAUCACAGUGUCGUUUCAUGACGCACAUUUAUUUGCAUAGACCUCUGCUACUAAAGGGCAACUAUUAGUAGACUUUUUCUCUUUUUCCAGCAGUCCAUGAAUGACGAUGGCAGUUUUAGAGCUGCUUCAAGAUAUUCUAGACGGCCUGAAACGAGACGAUCUGAAGCGAUUUAAGAGUCACUUAAAACAAGAUAGACCCAUUCGAGCUGGUAAACUGGAGGAUGCUGGUGUCACUGAUAUAGUGGAAAUAAUGAUGGAUCGUUUUGAAGGAGAAGAAGCUGUGAAGAUCACACUGAACAUCCUGAGGAAGAUGAACCAGAACCAGCUGGCUGAAGAGUUACAGAACAGCUACACUGAAGUGCAGAAAUCAUCAGAGCCAGCUGAGAAACGCAGAAGACAACAAGAUGAUUUCUGGCUGCAGGAAUUCAUGGAAACUCACAAAAUGAACAUGAAGGAGAAAGUAGAACACAUUUUUGAGUGUAAAAAGGAAAAUGAAGCACAUCUCAAGGAUGUUUUCACAGAACUCUUCAUUAUGGAGGGGGAUCAUAAAGAAGUCAAUCAAGAACAUGAGAUUAUAAAGACUGAUGAAGCCAUUAAACCCUGUAAAUCACAGAAAAGUUCAAUCAAAUGCAAUGAUGUAUUUAGUCUGAACAAAAAUAAGAAAAAGAUUGUUCUAACCAAAGGCAUCGCUGGCAUUGGAAAAACGGUCUCAGUGCACAAGUUCAUUCUGGACUGGGCAGAAGGAGAAGCCAAUCAGGAUAUAGACUGUGUUUUCCUGCUUCAAUUCCGAAGGAUUAACUGCAUUAAAGACAGAAAGAUCAGUCUGCAUGAGUUUCUACAGAAAUUUAAUCCUGAACUGGAGGACCUGGAAACAUCAAAGAUAUGUAAGAUAUAUAAACGUAAUCUUGCGUUUAUCUUUGAUGGACUGGAUGAGAGUCGACUGUCUUCGGAUUUUAACAGUGGAAUGGUGACGAGUGUUGAGGAGCGAUCAUCUGUAGAUGAACUGUUUACAAGUCUGGUCAAUGGGACUCUGCUUCCAUCAGCUCACGUCUGGGUGACAUCACGACCAGCAGCAGCCAAUCAGAUCCCUCCUGAGUAUGUAGGGUUGUUCACAGAGGUGCGAGGAUUCACUGACCAGCAGACGGAGGAGUAUUUCAGAAAGAGAAUCAAAGAUGAGACUCAGGCCUCCAGAAUGAUCUCACACAUUAAGAAAUCUCGUAGUCUCUACAUCAUGUGUUACAUUCCUGUGUUCUGUUGGAUCACAGCCACUGUUCUUCAGGACAUUCCCAUUGGGAGCAAUGCAGAGAACAUCAACACAACACUCACUGAAAUGUACAUCCACUUCCUGCUGAUACAGAUGAACAUGAAGAGCCAGAAGUAUGACAGAAAUACAGAAAGAGAACGUACCAAGCUCUUAGAGUCCAAUAAAACGAUGAUUUUGAAGUUAGCUAAGCUAGCGUUUGAACAGCUGAAGAAAGAAAACAUUGUGUUCUAUGAGGAAGAUCUGAGAGCAUGUGAUAUUGAUGUGAGUGAAGAAGACUUUGAGUCCACAGGAAUGCUCACUGAGAUCUUUCAGCAAGAAUCUGUACUUCAUGUGAAGAAGGUCUUCUUCUUCGUGCAUCUGAGUGUUCAAGAGUUCCUCGCUGCAGUGCACGUGUUCCUCUGCUACCUGAACAAGAAUAUUGAUGAGCUGCAGUUUUUCACUGAAGAAACACAAAAUGAGCUGCACAAAACCAACAAGAAUAAGAGUGUGUCUGUCAUCAAAAAGCCAGACAAAAAUAUUGCUUUACAUGAUUUGCUAAAGAAGGCUGUUAGGAAAGCAAUGCAAAGUCAGAAAGGACAUUUAGACCUAUUUUUACGGUUUCUGCUGGGCAUUUCACUGGAAUCCAAACAGAAACUGCUUAGAGGCCUGUUCACACACACUGAAGACAGCAAAGACAGCAUCACAGAAAUAACCAAACACAUUAAAGAACUAUUACAAAACCAGGACAUACAAGUACAAAACCAAAAGAAGGACAUCUUGCCUGAAACCUCAGUCAACCUGUUGUACUGCUUACUGGAGCUCAAUGACAAUUCAUUAUAUACAGAAAUACAAACAAACUUCAGAUCUACAGGAAGAAGACUCUCGUCUUCCAUGUGCUCAUUGGUGGCUUACGUACUGAUGAUGUCAGAGGAGGUGCUGGAUGAGUUCAACCUGAAGAUGUACAUUACUGAACCGGGAGGCCGCAGGAAUCUCCUGUCAGCUGUGAGAUGCUUCAGAAAAGCCAUACUCUCCUUCUGUUAUCUCGAUGACACCGACUGUGAACCUGUGGCUUUGGCCCUGCAGAUACCAAACUCACCCCUGAUAGAGCUGAACAUGAGUCGCAAUCUCCUGUGUGACUCAGGAGUGAAGCUGCUCUCUGAUGGACUGAAGAGCCCAAACUGUCAGCUGAGGAAACUGAGAUUAUGUUGCUGUGGGGUGACAGAUGAAGGCUGUGGUUAUCUGGCUUCAGCUCUGCGUUCAAACACCUCACACCUGAGAGAGCUGGAUCUGAGCUGGAAUAACCUGGGAGAAUCAGGAGUCAAGAUCAUCUCUGAUCUACUGAAGGAUCCAAACUGUGCACUGAACAAACUCAAAUUAUCUUGGUGUAAGGUGACAGAUGAAGGCUGUGGUUAUCUGGCUUCAGCUCUGUGUUCAAACCCCUCACACCUGAGAGAGCUGGAUCUGAGUGGCAAUUACCUGAUAAAAUCAGGACUCUAGAUGUUCUCUGAUCUACUGAAGGAUCCAAACUGCACACUGAACACACUCAAACUCUGGUAAUCUCACACUGGAUCCAAACACAGCAGACACUCGUCUCAUUCUGUCUGAGGAGAACAGAAAUAUGACACUCGUGUUUGAGGAUCAGCCGUAUCCUGAUCAUCCAGAGAGAUUUGAUGAGUGUGGUCUGGUUCUGUGUAGAGAGAGUCUGACUGGACGCUGUUACUGGAGGAUGAAUGGAGUCAGUGAAUGAAUAUCAGACAUAUAAAGGAAUCACCAGGAAAGGAAGGAGACACUGUAAAUUUGGAUUUAAUAAAAUAUCCUGGAGUCUGAACUGUUCUGAUUACAGAUUCACUGUCCAUCACAAUAAUCAGAGAACAUCAUAUCUGCCCCUUCAUCUCCUCUAACAGAGCAGGAGUGUUUCUGGACUGACCGGCCGGUACUUUGUUCUUCUACAGUGUCUCUGACACACACAUUCAACACAAUGAGUUUACAUGUUCACUUCUGAGUGAUUUGCUUUUGUUUUGUUCGCUGGUUGUAAACAGUCAUGAUUAUUUACUCUUAUAAUCUUUAAAUGUUUCUGAGGAACAGGAAGAAGUAAUCUGCUGAAAUGUUUCUUUUAUCAGUUUAUUUUUGCUUCUGCUUCACAAUUAGGAUCCUUUCUGAGGUUAGUUAUAUGAAAGAGCUUUAGGGACCUCCAUUAAAUCAUUCAUUAUCCAGUUGUGCAGAAUAUCAUCUGCUUUUGUGUUUAAGUCAAGAGCACAUUCAUUCAAGCACUGUGAGGAUAAUUUCUGCUCAUUUUUGUGUAGAUAGAUGUUUACAAACCACACAUUUUUAUUUGUCAUACAGAUGUUCAUAAUUGAUGAGGAAUUGCAUUGUUUUGAUUCAGGUGAAAUGUAAAGAUUUAGAUAAUGUUCAUAUACAGUGGCCCCUAAAGUAUUUGGACACUUAAAGGCUGAUUUAUACUUCUGCGUCGAGUGUACGCCAUAGCUACAGCAUAGACUGUGUGUAGCACGCGUAGCCUACGACGUAGCCUGACGUGCACCUCUUCAAAAAUGUAACAACGCGUCAAUUCUACGCAGACCGCAAACGCUGUGAUUGGUCUGCUAGAACCCCUCCCUCAGGAGAAGAGCGAGCGUUUACAACUUCCAUAAUGCUCUGUUUCAGGGGACACAUGUAGUCUACUGCAACAAAAGUCGUUAUCUAUUUGCCGCUUCUAUUUGUAAGCGUCUCUGACAAUGUACAUGACAAGCUGCUUCUUCUUCGGCUUUUGCCUUGAUACUCAACAUGACCGCGGACACUUCCUACUAGUGGUCUGCGUGCACGUCGACGCGGACAACGACACAGAAGUAUAAAUGAAAACAGACGCAUAGCCUACGGCGUAGGUCCGACGCAGAAGUAUAAAUCAGCCUUAAGACACAAUGAAACAUUUACGAAUGUCUUUGAAUUUGUUUUUCAAUCAAAAAAUGAAAAUAUGAAAUAAUGUAUUGUUUAUGCACUCUCAGGGGAGUAAAUUGCAAGAUUUACCUUUACACCUUAUUUACCCCUUAAAGGUACUUAUUAAUGGUUUUACAGUUUUUUUCAAUUGCUAUUAAGCAUUUACCAAUACUUAAAGUACUUUUUCUAAACUCUUAACACAGCAACACACCUACAUCACACAAUUAGCCAAAUAGUUAAUUUUCUGCCCAAAACCAUAUUUUGUUAGAUAAACACAAACUCUACAUUUCAAAAUGCUAAAAACCUUUUUCAACACAUACUAACUCUAUCAAAACACAGCAAACCUGAUUCAAAAUAGAGUCGUUCUGUCAAACACUAGCACUAGUUUUCUAUCCAACAUGAACAUAUAGUUACAGUUUUUUACAGACGCUAGGACACAUUUCUCAAUACUUAGGUCACUUUUGCAAAACUCUUCACACAGUGAGCACAACAGAAGUCUAUGUGGGCUAAACUGAGGAUCAAUUAUCAUUGCUUUGGCACAAAAUGCAUUCAAUGAAUACAUCUCUCAAAUUUCAUGAAUUCUUUUCUCACUCAGACACAACAACUGCCAAAACUCUUUGUACGUACAGGCCAAUUUGCACAUGCUUACAUACUGUUUUCAAAACUGUUAAACUUAAGUUCAAAACAAUAACAUAAUACAAAACUGAAUAAGACAGAAAUUUGCUACAUUUCUACAGUAAUAUAGUUAUGAAAUAUAUUCUGAAUCUAAAAAAUCAAAUACUAUCAAAACAAUUAGAUGAAACUGAACACCUACACAAGCAUUAGUCUUUCAAUUUCAUUACCAUCAAUUCAAAAGGGGAAACUUAGGAAUAAUUUUGUUCUGUAAUGUAAACAUGGACCAUGUAACAUAAACUGCAGUGAAUUAUGAGCAGUAGAGAGUGUCAUUCUUGUUUUGUAAAGAAAUUUUAAAAAAGAAAACAUUGUAUAAUGCUAACUGAUGUUAAUGUUUUUAGGUCGAUGUUUUAUGAGUGACAAAGUGUGUUUGCUCAGUGAAAACCUUUGCUAGUGUUCUGGAAGAAUGAGUUGAUUUGAGACAUGUAUGAAGUGUUUUGGUAGAUUUGGUACAUUUUGAAUGUGAAGUUAACCUCUGUGCCAAGAUGAAAGUUGGUUAGGAGAACUGUGUGAAGAGUUUUGAAAAAGUGACCUAAGUAUUGAGAAAUGUGUCCAAGCGAUUGUGAAAAACUGUAAUUGACUGCAUUUUGUGUGAAAACGACAUUGUGUUAAUGGUGUGGCCACAACAGACGGAUGUUCUGCUAAAUGUGUUUUAAAUGAGUUUUGAAAAUGUGACUACAGAUUGGACAAAAGUAUGUUAACAAUUGAAAAAAACUGUAACAGCUUUUGUACCUUUUUUCUUUUUUCUGACUAAACAUUAUUUAAAGGAUUAGUCCACUUUCAAAUAAAAUUUUCCUGAUAAUUUACUCACCCAGAUGCCAUUCAACUUAUGGAAUGAAUGCGGCGCCAGUUUUGUUUUUUCCCGUAAGUUGAAUAGGGAAGGCGUAGGACAUACGGCGUAAGCUUUUUGAAGAAUACGGAAAGCGGAAACACGUGCAAGGCGAUAAUUUGUGUUUAUAAAGCAUAUACAGUUAUAUUUUUUUCGAAAAUGACCAAUCGUUUCUCUAGAUAAGACCUCGUCUGGUAUCGUUUAAAGCCCUUUGAAGCUGCGCUGAAACUGUAAUUUUGACCUUCAACCGUUUGGAGGCCACUGAAGUCCACUAUAAGGAGAAUAAUGCUGGAAUGUUUUCAUCAAAAACCUUCAUUUCUUUUCAACUGAAGAAAGAAAGACAUGAACAUCUUGGAUGACAUGGGGGUGAGUAAAUUAUCAUUAUUUAUCAUAUAUUGGUUAGGAUAUUGAUAUAGAAACUGCUGUUGUCAAUAAAGUUUUAUGAUGUUUCUCCAUUUAAACCUAUAUAAAA